AUUCAAAAACGUUAACAAAAUCUUUUCCUUUUUCUUUUUAUUUUUUUUUCAAUAUCCUCUCCUUUUUUUUUCUUUUUAAUUCUCAUUCCUCCCAUUUUAUAUUCCCCAUUCUUUUCUAUCAUUUAAUUCAAAGGAGAAAGCUUUAUAUUCGCAACGCUCUUUUCUCGUCUUCUUCUUCUCACCGUUUUUCAUUUUCUCUGCUCUGCUCUGUUUUUUAUGACUGGAUUUAUCAUGUCGAAGAACAUUCUGGUGACCGGUGGAGCCGGUUAUAUUGGGAGCCACACGGUGUUGCAAUUGCUGUUAGGCGGUUACAGAGCGGUGGUCGUUGAUAAUCUGGAUAAUUCGUCGGAGGUUGCUAUCAAAAGAGUCAAAGAACUCGCCGGUGAAUUCGGCCGAAACCUUUCCUUUCACCAGGUGGACCUUCGGGAUAGACCAGCACUCGAAAAACUUUUUGCUGAGACAAAGUUUGAUGCUGUGAUUCACUUUGCUGGACUAAAAGCAGUUGGCGAAAGUGUACAAAAACCAUUGCUCUAUUAUGACAACAAUCUCAUUGGCACAAUCACUCUGUUGGAAGUGAUGACUGCACAUGGAUGUAAAAAGCUUGUAUUUUCAUCAUCUGCCACUGUUUAUGGCUGGCCAAAGGAGGUUCCAUGUACAGAGGAGUUCCCCGUGGCUGCAGUGAAUCCAUAUGGACGAACCAAGCUUUUCAUAGAAAAGAUCUGUCGUGAUAUCCGUGGUUCUGAUUCUGAAUGGAAGAUCAUACUUCUAAGAUAUUUUAAUCCAGUUGGUGCACAUCCUAGUGGCUCCAUAGGUGAGGAUCCCCGGGGUAUUCCAAACAAUCUCAUGCCUUUUGUGCAACAAGUAGCUGUUGGGAGGCGACCAGCAUUGACAGUGUUUGGAAAUGAUUAUUCAACAAAGGAUGGUACUGGGGUACGUGAUUACAUCCAUGUUGUUGAUUUAGCAGAUGGCCACAUUGCUGCACUACGGAAAUUAUCUGAUCCAAAUAUAGGUUGUGAGGUCUACAACUUAGGAACAGGAAAGGGAACAUCGGUUUUGGAGAUGGUUGGUGCAUUUGAAAAGGCAUCCGGGAAGAAAAUCCCUCUUGUAAUGGCUGGACGUCGACCCGGUGAUGCUGAAAUUGUUUAUGCUUCAACGAAGAAGGCAGAGCGUGAAUUGAAUUGGAAGGCAAAAUACAGUAUUGAGGAGAUGUGCAGGGAUCAGUGGAACUGGGCCAGCAAGAACCCGUAUGGAUAUGGGAGUCCUGAUUCAACUCACUGAGUGCCACGAUUCUUAUCAAGACUUUUCUGAGAUUAGGUUUUUCUAACUCUUACUAUUCACAGAUUUUUAGGCGAUUAUCAUUUAGAUGGUGAUGUUACGAUUAUAGAGAAUAAGAGGCAAUUUGUUUAGGUUGCUGGGCUUCAAUUGCUCUGAAGCUUAUGUUGCGCCCAUCAUCGCUAGUAAUUUCCUUUGUGGCUGUAAUCAAAAGCAGUAAAUUGUUUUUUACCCUGUUAAAUGAAC